AUGGACACGAGCGAAUACGAUACUAAUACUCUAUUGAAUAAUAACAUCUCUACCAUCAUUUACCGAGUUUACGAACCCUCUCCUGAACAGGCGUCGAGCUUUCCUUCAGCCGCCGCCGAUGUCGAGUCCGAAUUGAGGACCCUUGGCCGCAUUGUAUACUACGAUGCAAACCGACGGGUUUUGUGGUAUUUCCACGUUCCAAGCAAAGAUGCGGAGUCUGCCGACAACACCCAUGGGGUUUUGGACAGCAAUGUCAGUGUCGCGGGCGCCACAUUGCUGAUGGUUGACGAAGGUUCCUUUGAACCAAUCAGUCUCUUUAAAGGUCGCGCCCAAGGCCAGCAAGCCGCGAAUACACCAACGAGCUCGUCGUCAAGCAAUUCGGCUCUGGACCUAUCGCUACGGAACCCGCAGAUGGGCAACUCCGGACCACCAAGCUCUUCCGACCCCGAUUCCAAACCCCCGUCCGCCGGUGCACUCGACUCCAAAGGCGCAGGCUCUGUUCCCAUAAAGGAAGCAUACGAGCAAUUCAUUACGGCUGUUCUGUCGACAACGUCGGCAUCAUUUUGCAACCGCGUGUCGGCAAUCCCCUUGAACCAUCGAACCGUUCUACUACCUUCCAAAGUCACCCGGGAUGGUCAGACCGAGAGAGCUCAGGACACAGAGUCCGCAGUUGUUGGAACAUUCCGGAUCUAUCUCACCACAACGGGCGCACUUGUCAUGAGUUUAUGUUUGUCCUGUUGUGAGGGUCUUCUGUCUGUGAACGAACCAUCUAGUCCAAGCCAACUUGCACUAGGCUCUCAGAUACUGGCCGCCCCGUUCGGCGUUCUAGCAAAUUACCAAGGAUUUGUGGGUGGAGGCUUGUCGUAUCCCGAACUUGGCUUGGGACAGACGCCGGAUGCCCAAUUUUGGAGGAGCGCGGACGCUAGAUCUUCACAAUGGAGAGACACCUGCGUCAAAAUCCUUCAAUCCCGUGGGCUGUCUCCUGCGUUGCUACAAUCUUGUCCUUGGAUCGCAUUGCAGAUGCUCCGCCGAAAACCUGGCGAUACUAAGAUGGAAGGGAAGUUGACGCCAUUACCAUCCGCUGUGGCUACGAUAUCAUGGCCGGCAGUCCUUUGUUUUCGCAAGAAGUCUGUCAUGCUUGCGCGAAGUAACGGCUUGGGAGAUUCUGUACUGCUAGCCCAAGACGAAACUUCUGAUUUCCUUAAUGACGCCAGAACCUGGUUUCAACUAGGCGGUGAUAGAGACGACAGAGUUGCCAAGAGGAAGAAAGAGAGGGAAGCUGCGGCAAAACAAGAAGCAUCGGCAGCGGCCCCGACACAGCAACCAAACGGAAAUUCACCACUAGGGCUAAGACGAGCAAGCAAUGCUGCAGCUGCGGGUGCGAUGUAUCCGACACCGCCGGACGGAGUUCAGAAUCCGCUGGGUAUCACACCCUCGAUGGACGGAACGACCUCUAGCCCAGGUGCCCCUGGAAUCACUAUGGCAGUUGUCGACAUAGAUACUACUAUGACCGAUGCUACCGCACACGACCCAACGACGAUGAAUAGCACUCAGCACCACGAUUCCUACAGUGACGCCUGGCAUUCGAACGAGCAUACAAACGAGCACACGAAUGAACAUUCCAAUGAGAAUGGGAAAAAUCGAACUGACGCUUUUCUUGGAGGAGACAACGAUAAUUUAUUUGGCGACAUGGGCCCGGACAUAUUUGGAGAUGCCGACAUUACUGACGCCGAUUUCAACUUUUUCGACGAAGGGGGCGAUGAUAACCUCGACCUAUCCGGCCUGCCUGAUUUGGGCAUGUCCGAUGUACCAUCGAUGCCUGCUGUCCUCCCAGUCUCCAUGCCUGAGCCGGCAAAGCAGGUGAUACCUGCGGUGGAGGACACUAAGCCCGAACCAAGCCCCCCAAUAUUCGCCAAGCCGGAACUGAAACAUGCACGGAGCACACUGAUGGAAGAGGGAAAGCAGCGAUCGAACGCAGAUAGGGCUGGCGGUCUCAAGAGAGAGUCGAGUCCUUUCGAUCCGGACACUGUCUAUAAAAGAGUUCGGGCUUCUCUUGCAGAUGUCCACUCUACUCCCCAUCGAACCCCUGCACGGAAAGGCAGCAUUUUCGACAGCGUGGACUUCGACCCGAUUUUGCCUCUUGUGAAUAAGAAGUAUGAGCAAGGGGGCCGAUUCGAUUGCAAGCCGACACACCACGGCCUGCCUCAAGAAUCCAACAAACAGUCUCCUCAUCAGGGGCCACCUACAACCGACUAUCUACGACGACAUGGGAAAGGGAGGAAAACACUGAAACAACCAGAGCACACGAAUGCACUGAUCCGAACUAUCACGGGCAACCUUGAGAAUAGUUCACUCAUCACAAGCCCCGAUAAAGGAGAUGACCUAGCAUCUGACGCCGAUGACAUCAGCCUAGUAUCAGACCAAGACGACUCGAGCACGUCAGAAGAUGAGCCGACAUCACCCUUUAAAUCAAGUAUUCGAAGACUGAAUUUGGAUGACGAUGUCGCGUCUCACGUCACUUCCUUGAGAGACAUUGAGUCUGUUGAGGAUUCCGAUCCGACGUUAGCUUUGGACCUUCCAAAGCUAGCCAAGGCCGAAGCCUCAGAAAUACUGAUAACGAGAUAUUUUGAAGAUGCAGAGUCACUACCUAUUCAUCUUUCGCUCCCAGACGAGGAUACAGUCACCACCGCUCAGAUCGUCACUGAGCAGGCCGUGACUGGCAACCUGAGAAUACGCGAUGCACAUGCGAAUACGUUGAACACGGCAAUCAUACCGGAAACGCGGCGCCAAUUAUCCUCGCUGGGCCGGACCGCUCUGCAAGCUUUGCGCGAGGUUAUUCCCGCCUGUCUGGGGGAGUUCAACACAUGCAACUUCAGAAGUGUCGUCGAGAUCCCCGAUGUUCCUUUGCUUGGGCCACCCAACAGGCUCCAUCCGAGGCCGGUCAACCCACGGGAUAAUGCAGAACCGCCGAAGCCGAAUAACCUCUUUCAGAUCCCAGCUCCCCACAUGGAACUCCGGCGUGCAGAAGCUAGACUAUCGGUUUUGCCGGCGAGUGUUCAGUUCUGGGAAAGUUUGGGUUUGGGUCCUGCUCAAGGUACAAAGGAUGUCAACGUUGUUUGUGUCUUCCCCCAUUGGGAUGGAAUGUCAGAUGUUGCCGCCGCCUUUCUGGACCGUAUGCGGAAUGUCUACGAGCUCCUCAAGCUGGGCUCCUUCGAACGCCUUGCGACCAGUUCUAAUGUCACUGACGGUCUGGUGCCCUUCGAAGCAGACAAGAUCGCUACUUCUCCGGGAAAUGUUAGUCCCCACAUCGUAGCCGGCUUGGGUGACCGCAUGGAGGCACUCAACCAGGGGCUCAUUUCGGCAAACGCUUCGGAAAAGAACUUUGUGGUAUACUUUGUAUAUCCUCCAGACCAUCCCGGGUCUAUCGUCGAGGCCUGCACUGCCUUCCAACAACUUUUCGAGAUGCACAGGAGGUCUUUGACGGAGAAGCGACAGACCCCGGUCAACGAACUGGUCUUGCAACUCGUGCCUCUGGACUUUUUGACUUCUUCAACGGGCAUAGUGGAGCCGACCCCUAGCGAUGCGAUCAAACUGGCGAUAGAAACGUAUGACCGCUGCACGCUGUUUGGCGGACCGAUGCCAUCACCGGCCAUAAUGCUUGAGCAGUCACUACCUAGAGGCAUCGACUUCAAACUUUCUAAUGCGUCUUCGUCGUCGCUCAUGCAUGAAAACACUUGCAUUCAUAUCGCUUACGCUCAAAGCAUCGACGAGAGGUGGAUAACCGCGGCUUGGACUGACAACCGGGGAUGCCAACAGAUGACUGCAUCUUACAACCUUGGUCGCAGGGGCAAGGCGUUGUCUACAUCGCUCAAUGAAGUCUGCCACGUUAUAUGGGAGACCACUCAUGACUUGAUUUCCAAAUGGAAAGUCCACUGGCGGGUCAUUAUCUCCAAGUGCGGUUUCAUGGAUGCGCAAGAGGUUGGGUUCUGGCAGGGUCUUGCUCAAACAGAGUCGGUGGCAACAGUCAGCUUGACCUUGAUUUCGGUCGAUACAAACCCGUCCAUGCAGCUAGUUCCGCCGGCCAUCAAGGUCCCAGCAACAACGUCCUCGGCCUUCUACACGACGCCCGUGUCCACUCCUCAAGCGUCAAUAGUGUCACCAGAGCAGAGUGGCACUCCGGUGACGCCCAUGAAAGAAAACCCAACAAGCGCGGCGACUCCAGGUGGAACACCUGGCGAUGGCAAUGCUGACCCGGCCGAGGGAGAUGCUAUUCUCCUCGACGUUACAGACCAAACAUGGGGUGCUGUGCUAGCACAUCGACUGAGCAACUCCUCCACUUUGGGGGAGCUGAACCCCGCCCUCAUCAGCGGCUACCUCGUCAAACGCGGAGGGACGAAGCUCGAAGACCCGCCUGUCGUUUUGGAGGUCAACAUUGUGCAUGCGGAUAACAACCCGCGCAUGUACGAGCCUCUCAUGCGGGAGAUGCUUACCUACUUCAGGGGUCUUGGAACCCUAGCUCGCGCGAGGGGUAUUGUAGAUAAAGGGACGGAUAUACGGCCUUGGCACAUCGCGGCGGCGGAGAAGGGCGUCCGGGCAUUAUACCUUUUGAUGUGA